AUCUCCGUGCGGGCUUCCCUUUCCCUCCAUUCUCUUGAAGAGACUCUUCCCUUCUCCUCCGGCGCCGUGCAGCACAAUGAACUCGUGCGCCAAGUACCUGUUACUCUUCCUGGGUCUCGUGUCGGUCCUGGUCAACGUAGUUCUGAUCAGCCUGAGCUUCCAGAAGACGCCCAGAUGCGCUCCUCGCGCCGGGGGGUGGGGGUGGGGGGCACCCGGCAGGCGCAGCCUGGUCUUCUCGGACCUCACGGAGCAUGAGUACACACAAGUGAGGAACUAUAUGUGGAGACAGAGCAACCUGAAGAUUUCUCAUAACAAAUUUGCAGUGCCUGCAGAGAACUUCAUUUUCCUGAUCGACCUUCUCCUGCCCAACAAGAGCGACGUCCUGCAGUACCUGGAUGCUGGUGGCAAAGAGCCGCCCAGACAAGCCUCAGUGGUGGUCUUCUACGGCACUCAGGGUGUCAUCAAGGAGUAUGUGGUGGGACCUCUCCCGGAGCCCACCUUCCAUACAGAUGUCACUCAGAAGAAGUACGGCGGUGACCUACACAUCAACAGCAGACCUGUUACCAUGGGCGAGUACCUGCUUCUCUUUGUAUUCAUUCACAAAAACAUUUUCUCAAAGCUCUCCAUCCUUCUGGAGGAGAGCUUUGGCGUGUCCGGUAACAAAACACUCAAGCCCUUCGAAAGCAUGCCCAGGGGUGCCCGUUCCGGAGACAGACACACCUGGAUCUCGUUCUUCCGCGACUACAGCGGCAUGUACAUCCACCCCGUGGGCUUGGAAGUGCUCAUCAAUCACGCGAGCCGCAAUGAUUCGCAGUGGACCGUGGACAAGCUUUUCUACAGUGGACACUACUAUGAUAGCGUGGAAGAGCUCUCUAAGAAAUAUGAAGCGGGAGAUAUUGAUAAAAUUGUCUAUAAACCUAUGCUGAAUUAUGCAUCUUUGAAGCCUAGAACCAAAGCUCUGCAGGUUGGCCCUCAGCAGUAUUACACACAAGGUCCAAGAUUCAUUGUAGAAAACAAUCGGGUGUCUUACUUGGACUGGAGCUUCGCCUUCGGCCUCAGCUCCUUGACAGGCAUGCGAGUGUUUGACGUACGCUUUAAAGGCCAGAGGAUCAUCUAUGAGCUCAGUGUGCAGGAGGCCAUGUCUGUGUAUGGCUCUGUAACGCCCGGGAUGAUGCUCACCAAGUUUCUGGACUCCAGCAUUGGGAUUGGUAGAUUUGCACACGAGCUGGUUCGAGGUGUGGACUGUCCAUACGCUGCGGAAUACGUGGACACAUUCCGUUACAUUGACACAAGUGCUCCUCAGAGGUUUCGAAACUCUAUCUGCAUUUUUGAGCAUGACGCAGGCCGUCCCCUUAGGCGACACUUCUCCGACUUUUUCCACAAUUCUUAUGGUGGAGUGGCAAACAGUGUUUUGGUGUUCAGAAGCAUCACAUCCAUAGGCAACUACGAUUACAUGUGGGACUUCAUCUUCUACCAGAGCGGCUCAGUGGAGGCAAAAGUUCAUGCCACAGGCUUCAUAUCUUCUUCUUUCAAAGUUGCUGGGAGCAUGCUUUUUGGUCACCAGGUGGCAGAAAAUACUAUCGGGAACAUUCACACUCACUUCAUCAGCUUCAAGGUGGACCUGGAUGUGUUAGGGGUGAACAAUAUUUUCCUCACCAAAGACAUGGAGUACAAAGAAGUGGAGGUGCCGUGGUUACAGAAAACGAGGGCAAAAAUUCCCCAUUUGGUGGAGAGGCAAUUAGCGACAGAACAGCAGGCAGCGUUGCACUAUGGCACCAAAAUUCCACGCUACUUGCACAUCGCUAGCAACCAGACUAACCGUUGGGGCCACCAGCGCUCAUACAGGCUCCAGGUGUUCAGCUUCACUGGAGACCAUCUCCCAGAAUCAGAACCUGUGGAGAAGUCUAUGUCCUGGGCACGAUACAAAGUGGCCAUCACAAAGCACAAAGAUGAGGAACGGACCAGUAGCAGCCUGUACAGCCAGAACAACAUGUGGUCCCCAGCUGUGGACUUCAGUAGAUUCAUUGAGGACAAUGAGAACAUCGAGAACCAGGACCUUGUUGCCUGGAUUACGACUGGAUUCCUCCACAUCCCUCAUGCGGAAGACAUACCCAACACGGUAACCGUGGGAAAUGGGGGAGGAUUCCUCUUAAGGCCCCACAACUACUUUGAUGAGGAUCCAUCUAUCAAUUCUCCCGACUCGGUGUACAUUAGUCCAGACACACUGCAGAGUUGUGAGACCAACAAGAUUGCUUGCCUUGACCAAGAAAAUUGUGUCCCCUUCCUCCCUCCAUUUACUUACAAUGGCUUUGAGGAGGUCAUGGAAUUUGAGUGAUUUAUUGUUGCAAUUCCAUUGAUAUCAUGUAUUAACUACUACUAGACUUUCGCUAACGCAUGGAUGUUUACUAGCUGAGGUUGCUAAAAGAUCAAGUUGCUAUACAAACAGUUUCAGUUCAAAUGAGUUCUUCAGGAACAUUUUGACUGGAAUUUCAUAUGAUCACUUUGCAGCCACACACAAACACGUAAUGUUUACAACUGCCUGUCCCACUUUGCAGCCAUGUUUUGUGUUAAUCCAGAUUUCUCAGUUUGGAAAAAAUGUGAUCUAUUUAAUUAAAUUUAUGGAUUAAUUGAUUUUUCCCUUAUGUAUAAUGAGUUAGUCAUAAAUAAACACGUCCUCGCCAUUACAUUAUAUCUAUAUUAAUACUGCAAACAAUUGUUUAAUCACUUUGAUGUGUGUAGACAUGUCUGAGUAUUUGAGUCACAUUAACGCAUUUAAAAUUACAUUUAUUCAAUUACAUGCUUUGUUUUAAACAGACAAUACAGCUGAGAGACAACAAAAGUCAAUUUUGCCAACAAAUGGAAAGAUAUCAAUGCAGAGAGGCAACUCUCGAAAUAUAGUCAGUCAGUGUAAUACCACUGUUUAACCAGCCUACAUUUCACUAGCAGCUGCCACUACAAUUGGCAGAGAAUACCUUUUUUCAACAGAUAAUGUAGUGCAAGUUUAUGGAGAACAUUGGAGAUCAGGAGAGGAGUGAUUCUGAAAUAGAUAUUUUUUGACACCCUUCCUGAAGAGAUUCAGCAGUUCUGCGUGAGAGUGGUAGGUCAUUCCAGCACAUCAGAGCCAGAAAUGAAAACCUUUGUGCUUCUGAUCUUGAACCUUUUGUGUUCCAGGCCACUGAGCAGGCCAAGGUCAAGGAGCAUAGCAGUCUGGUUGGGGUGUAGUGGAAGAUCAGGUCUUGUCUGCUCUUGUUGAGCAGAUCCACUGAUGAUUUUGUAGACCAUAAGGAGACUGUUGAAUUUGAUCUGGACAGUUAUAGGAAGCCAAUGCAGAGAGACAAGGAGGGGUGAUACAUGCCAAUGCUCUGGUUGGUCAAACACGACUCGUACCGCAGUAUUCCGUAUCAGCUGUAGAGAUUUGAUGGCAGUAGUUGGGAGG